UUUCAAGAUUUUAUUUUCAAUUAAAAAAAUAUAUUAAAUAAAAUUCCGGACAAAUCAACAUGUCUUGUAAUAAGAACCGGAGGGAGUAGAAAAAGAGAGCAAAGAAUAAUAUAAUUUAUAUAUACACUGUGAGCGCUACAUCCACCGGAAAAGGAUAACUGAAGCAUGCAAGAUUAGUAGAAGUCGAUCCACAAUCUGUGAGGGGAAAAAAAAAAAGAGCUGAAAAUCCAACUUUUAUUUGAUUAUUAUUGAUCGGCUAUGGGUUCGAAUGGGGAAUCCGGCAAGCUUCCCUUCAUAGAAAUCACCGAAGAAAGCAUGAAUCCUAGUUCAAAUUCUUGGCUACCGACAGCCCACAAGGUCCGGCGUGCUCUCGAAACAAAUGGGUGUUUUCUGGCAAAGUACAAUCAACUUUGCCCGGAAUUACAUGAUAAAAUGUUCAAACUCUCCGAGGAGUUAUUCCAACUUCCAACUGAGGUCAAACUCAAAAAUACUUCUAGCAUACUUGGGUUUGGCUAUGGCUCUAAUUUUUCGUUUAUGCCCCUGGUCGAGUACUUUGGCCUUGAAGGUGGAGCAACUCUUGGAGCAACCAAGGAAUUCACUAACCUCAUGUGGCCAUCUGGAAAUGAUAAUUUCUGUGAUACCACAUAUGCAUACUCGAAGCUGCUGUCGGAAUUGGAUCAUGGGGUAAUGAGAAUGGUGUUUGGAAGCUAUGGAGUUGACAAUAAGUAUUGUGACCAGCUGCUCAAUUCUUCGUUUUAUCUGAUGAGGUUUCUGAAGUAUCGAACGCCAAAAGUGGAUGAGAUUAAUCUUGGUCUUCUUCCUCACGUUGACAAGAAUUUCUUGGGCAUAAUUGAUACUAAUAAAGUCCCCGGGUUGGAAAUUCAGAUGAAAGAUGGCCAAUGGAUUACCUGUCAGCCAUCACCUACUACACCUUCAACUUUCUUAGUUAUUGCAGGGGAACCAUUUCAGUGAAAGUAAUCGAUAUCGUCAGUAAAACAUUGUUGGACUAAUUACAGGCAUGGAGCAAUGGAAGAAUCUUUGCACCGCUGCAUAAGGUGGUGAUUACAGGAACUGAAGAGAAGUACACAAUUGCACUGUUUUCCUUCAUGCGUGAAAAGAUCAAAGUUCCAGAAGAGUUGAUUUAUCAUGAGGAGAAUCCCCUGAAAUUCAAGGAAUUCAAUCACUUGGACUUUCUUGAGUUUGUGAGAUCAGGUGGAAGAUCCAAAGUCCCCCGUCUGAUUGUACCUUUCUGUGGUGUUUAAUUUGAUUCCCCAAAUAACUAAGGGUACGUUUGUUUUGUUUUUAGCGUGUAUUUUUAGGUAUUUUUUGUAUUGAAAAUGUAAAAAAUUGUAUUAGAAAUAUAAAAAGUAAUGCUGGGAUGAGAUAAUUACUAUUAAAAUAAUCUGAAAAAACCAUCCAAAAAAUCAAACAAACAGACCCUAAAUGGAUCUUAUAUAUGACAUACAACUUAAUAUCAUAGUAUAUCCCGUGUCCAUUUUGUUUAAUCAAGUUCAGUACUUCAUGCAUUUUAUCAUCAGUUAGUUAUGUUUUGUGAAGUGUUGGGGUAAUACUCCAAAAAUGCUAAAUCAACGAAAUACUUGAGUUGCAAAAAAUUGCACUGUUCUAAAGAAACUGUUUCGAUAUAAUGAAAUAUUUUUCAAAGAUAAAACAAGCCUUCCUCUUUUAAGUUUAGAGGGCACAGAACCUAACAAGUAUAUAGAUCAAAUAUUUGUAAAACUAUUUGAAAGUAAAGAGAAAGAAAACCAAAAUUAUUUACUCCUGAGGAGUGAUUUAAAGUUUGAAGGAAAAGUGAGAAAUGAGUU